AUGGUGAAUCUUCAGUCAUUGACUGUCGCCGCGGCUGGUCUGCUACUGCUGCCCUCGUCGCAAGCUGCCGGCCUCUAUACCAAGAACUCGGGCGUGCUCAACCUCGAUGCUAGAAGCUAUCGUUCUUUGAUUGCUAACUCGAACCACACUUCGAUUGUCGAAUUCUACGCUCCAUGGUGCGGUCACUGUCAGAGUCUGAAGCCUGCCUACGAGAAAGCCGCCAAAUCUCUCGAUGGUCUUGCCAAAGUCGCUGCCGUCAACUGCGACGAAGAAGAGAACAAGGCUUUCUGCGGCAGCAUGGACGUCAAGGGCUUCCCCACCUUGAAGAUCGUCCGUCCCGGAAAGAAGGCUGGAAGACCUUCGGUCGAGGACUACCAGGGUGCGAGAACCGCAAAGGCCAUCGUUGAAUCCGUCAAGGAGAAGAUUCCUAGUCAUGUCAAGAGAGUGACAGACAAGGACUUGGAUGACUGGCUGACCGAGAACAACUCUUCGGCCAAGGCCAUCCUGUUCAGCGAGAAGGGUGUCACCAGUGCACUUCUCAAGGCUGUGGCCAUUGACUUCUUGGGUUCCAUCUCAGUUGCUCAAAUCAGAAGCAAGGAGGUCAACGCAGUCUCUCUCUUCGGCGUUAGCUCUUACCCCGCUCUUGUUCUGCUUCCUGGCGGCACCAAGGACCCCAUCCCCUACUCAGGCGAGAUGACCAAGGAUUCCAUUACCUCGUUCUUGUCUCAGGUUGCUAAGCCCAACCCUGACCCUGCUCCUUCGUCCAAGUCCAAGUCAAAGCCCAAGGCUUCAUCGAAGGACUCCAAGCAGUCUUCCAAGGCUUCGUCUCAGUUCUCCAAGGCAUCAUCUUCUCAUCGUUCCGACGAAUCUGCUAGUGUCAAGGCCUCCCAGACUGCCGAGACACUUGAGGAGAACAGCAACCCUACCGAGAGUCCGAACCCUCGAGUCAACACUGAUGAUGCUCAGAAGCCUAUCAAGGUCCCCGAUGUUACUCCUCAGAUCACUACUCUCGAUACCCCCGAGUCUCUCCAGCAAAGCUGCUUGACCUCGAAGUCUGGUAUUUGCAUCCUGCUCCUUGCUCCGUCUGCCUUUGUUCAGACCACAGACUCGCCCGUCGCCAAGGCUGUCGAUGCUCUGUCUGAAUAUCACCACAAGCACACCAAGCGUGGAGGCAAGCUGUUCCCCUUCUACAAUGUGCCCGCGUCUGCGUCAUCCGACCUGCGCUCGGCACUGAGCCUGGCCGACGAUACUCUUGAGAUUGUCGCCAUCAACGGAAAGAAGGCCUGGGUCAAGCGUUACGCUGGUGUCUCUGAUGUCAGUCACAACGCCAUUGACACUUGGGUUAACUCCAUUCGCAUGGGCGAGGGCAAGAAAGAGAAGCUGUCCGAGAGCGUCAUAGUCGAGGCGGCCGCAAAGCCAACUCCACCCGUUGCUGAGAAGGCUAAGAAGACCGAGAAGGCUAAGGAGAAGGUCGAUGUUCAGAUGGAAGAGCUCACCGAUGAGCAGUACGAGCAGUUGAUGAAUGCUCACAACCUGAAGCCUGUGGAAGAGUCGGCCACUCACGAUGAGCUCUAG